CAACCCUCGCGCCAUCCACUUUCUUCAAAUCUGUGUGCUUUCCAUCCUCUCCUCCCGUCGGGCGUUCCUCCGAGCUCGCCGUCGCUCUGUUGCCGAUCACCAGUCCAUCCACCAAAUCAUCCGGUAACUCGCCAUCUGCACCCGAUCACCGAAACCCGUCGUCGCCACGGCGUGUCCAUGCUGCUAUAGUCUCACCACAUCUCCAAGCACCCAGGUGCGCAUCACGACGCCUCUCGCUGUUUCCAGCGCCCCCGUCGCGUCCUGCACCAACGCCAUUGCGCUUCACGUCGCAAUCCUUCCGCACAUCCCCACACCUCCGCCAUGCAGAACCCCCAACAGCAGCAGAUGGCUGCCAUGGCCAUGAACGCGAACAUGGGAGGCCCAGUCAAUGGCACUCCCGUCAUGGGAAACCUCCAGCGCCCUGGUGGUCCUCGCGCAGACGUCGACCCGAGGAAAGGAGACCCUCUGCGAACGCUCAACACCUAUAUAUACGACUACUUCAUACGGAACAAUCAGCAGGUAUUAGCGAAGACCAUGAUUGAGUCCGGCUUGAACAUGAACCUUAAGAAUGAUGGAAAGCCUAGCCCUAGUGGCCGCAACGUGAAUGGUGUCGAUGGCAUGGACGAUAAGGAUCUUCCAUUGCCAGACCUUCCCCCCAACCAAAUCGCCGACAACUCAUUUCUAGGCGACUGGUGGAAUCAAUUCUGGGACAUCUGGAACGCGACUCGCAACAAGUCGGCCGCUGAUGGAAAGAGCACCCAAUAUGCACUGCACACACGGAAUCUUGCCCAGAUGACCAACGACCAGAGGAAUCAGCGCAUGCUGAUGGCUGGCAACAUGAAUGCUCAUCAGUAUUCGAAUAUGAUCCGCAUGCAACAACAACAGCAGAACGGAGGGGGCCCCAACGACCUCAAGCGAGCGGCUUUGCAGAACCGACCUAAUGGAGUAAAUCCCAUGGCGAACAUGCAAAUGAACAAGCAGGCGAUGAUAUCGGCUGCAAACAUGCAACGAGACGGCUCCAUAGAUAUGAAUGGACAGCGCCCACAAUCGCCAGGGUCGAACGAAAACGCGCCGUCUCCCAACAAACGAGCUCGUGUUGAAGGAGGAAUGAACCCAGGAAACAUGGCUGGAAAUCAGUUUGAUGGUUUUGCACCACAGGGACAAAAUGUCCAACAAAAGUCUAUAGAGGGGAUGAAUGCUGCUGGCGUACAAGGUUCACCAAUGGCAGCACAAAGCCUUGAUGACCAACACGACAUGUUCGCCGGCAACCCGCAGCGUGCUGGCGGGAUGCCUGGUGGCGCCCCUGGUCAGCCCCAGGGCAAUCAUGCCUUGCAGGAUUACCAGAUGCAACUCAUGCUUCUCGAACAGCAGAACAAGAAGCGGCUGCUGAUGGCGCGCCAGGAACAAGACAGCAUCACUGGUCCCCACAACCAGGCCGGUGUUGGCGGCGCCCCCGGAUUUGCUCCUGCCAUGUCACCUCAAGGGAGCAGAGCUGGCCCGUCUCCGAACCCUAACGACAUGAAGCGGGAUACCCCUAAGCUUGGUCCACAAGGCCUUCCUGGUUCCCCGAUGCCAGACGGCACGAUGCAACCACAGCGUAAUUCACCUGCCCCCAACAUGAACUUUGAUCCAAGCCAGAUGCCGCCAGGUAUACCUCCACAGUUUGGAAUGGGUAACUACCCUCAGGUGCCUGGCGGCCCCAUGAUGCAGAGGCCUCCAAGCUCGCAUCCGGGUGGCUUUAACCCUCAGCAGAUGAACCCGCAGCAUCUGGAAGCGAUGCGGAACGGCGGCAUGCCGAACGGUGCGUGGCGAGGUGGCCCCCAGAUGAUGCCGGGUCAAGCCCAGCAAAUGGCUGGGCCGAUGAACAACCCUCAACAGCAACAGCAACAACAGCAGCAGCAACAGCAGCAGCAGCAACAACAACAGCAACAGCAACAGCAGCAACAGAGAGGCAACGCAAACCCAAUGCCACCGCCUCCUGCCCCAGCACCUGCUGAGCAAACCCGGACCGAGCCAUCGCCACAACAGCCCGCACAAGCACCCCCUACACCUUCUCAGUCUAACAAAGCGGCACCCAAAAAGAAGGGCACCAAGGACAACAAGAAGCCCUCAAAGGCGAAAGGGGCAAACACAGGUGCAACGCCCGCAGCGUCAGGUGAAGAACCUCCGCCAACACCUACGCCAUCGACGCCCAUUACACCCAUGCACCCCAAGUCAUUUGGUCCAAAUGGUCAACCAAAUGGUCAACCCCCUGCACAACCUCAGCAACCCGCCGCUGCACCGCAACAGCCCCAGCAGAUGGACAACAACGCUGCUCCAUUCGGCAGCCUCACUGAGGAGUCUUUCGAUCUCGGUAUGGAUGGAUUUGAGAAUGAUCUUGGUAACUUUGACUUCGACUCAUUCCUCCACGUCGGCGACGAUCCGGCUGGUUUUGGCUCGUUAGGCAACGACUUCAACUUCCCGGAUGGAGUCGAAGCAAGUGGCGACAUCUAAACUCGCUACACAUUAAUCAAUGUCGAAACCGGUGAUGAUUUCUGGAACAACAUCACACCUUGGUUUUCAGGGUUGAUACCUGCUCGUGGGUGAUGUUUCCCAUGCGUUACUUUCAUCCCUUGUCAGAUAUCUCCAUGUAGAUGUCACUUCCUUAUUUGUCUCGGUGUUAAAGUAGGUGGCAAGGGGGAAGAGGAGGGAUCCUUUGCUGCACAAAAUCCGUCAUAUACCCGUUAUUUCAACCUCUCGCUUUUCCCUUAGGUUCAUUCACAUCGGAGCAUGGAGGCGGAAAGGGCGAUCUUAUUACACACUUUGUAGUCUUCGUGGUUA